GAUAUUCAAGGCACUUGCGGCUCGUCUGCAGCGAUAGGAGAAAAGAGGACAGAAAAGAGAGCCUCACCUCCUCUAACAGCGAGUGAGGUAGGGAAAAGAGUCAGAGAGCGAGAGGAAGACGAGAGGCUGUGGAGUUAAAAGAAAGACAACGGCGGCUUGGACCUCCUGCCAGGACUCUUUAAUUGUCUGCGCUUUAUUAUAAAGUGUCUAAUUUUCACACAGAUUCGACAUGUCAUCAUCCGGUAAAGACAACAGCGGUGCCCAACACGCCAAUUACGUGGGACCUUACCGUUUGGAGAAGACGCUCGGAAAAGGACAGACAGGGUUGGUCAAACUUGGAGUCCACUGUGUAACAUGCCAGAAAGUCGCCAUUAAGAUUGUGAACCGUGAGAAACUCAGCGAGUCAGUACUAAUGAAGGUGGAGCGAGAAAUAGCUAUUCUGAAGCUCAUAGAACACCCACAUGUUUUAAAGCUACACGAUGUCUACGAAAAUAAAAAAUACUUGUACCUCGUGCUAGAACACGUGUCUGGUGGUGAACUGUUCGACUACUUGGUGAAGAAAGGCAGGUUAACACCUAAAGAGGCCAGGAAAUUUUUCAGACAAAUCAUGUCUGCCUUGGAUUUUUGCCACAGUCAUUCCAUAUGUCACAGGGAUCUAAAGCCAGAGAACCUCUUGCUAGAUGAAAAGAACAACAUCAGGAUAGCAGACUUUGGCAUGGCUUCCCUUCAGGUUGGCGAUAGUUUGUUGGAAACCAGCUGUGGAUCUCCACACUACGCAUGUCCAGAGGUCAUCAGGGGAGAGAAGUAUGACGGGAGGAAAGCAGACGUCUGGAGCUGCGGGGUCAUUCUUUUUGCUCUGUUGGUGGGCGCCCUACCGUUUGAUGAUGACAACUUAAGGAAUCUUUUGGAGAAGGUGAAGCUGGGUGUGUUUCACAUGCCACACUUCAUCCCUCCAGAUUGUCAGAACCUUCUCCGCGGCAUGAUUGAAGUGGAUGCCUCCAAAAGAUUAACGUUAGAACAGAUCCAGAAGCACACAUGGUACAUAGGAGGCAAAAAUGAACCAGAGCCAGAGCAGCCAGUUCCCAGGAAGGUGACCAUCCGCAGCCUGCCCUCUGCAGAAGAUAUCGACCCCGACGUACUGGACAGCAUGCACUCUUUGGGCUGCUUCAGAGACAAAAACAAAUUACUGAAAGACCUGCUCUCAGAUGAUGACAACCAAGAGAAGAUGAUCUACUUCUUGCUAUUGGAUCGAAAGGAGAGGUACCCUAGUCAGGAGGACCAGAAUCUUCCCCCUCGCAAUGAGAUUGGUGAGCCCUGGAACAACGAGACAAUUGUUCAUAAAGAGUGUAACAUUAGAAAACGAUAUUCUUUUAAAAAAGACACACACACAGUGACACACAUAACCAAGCGUUCACCCCCACCUGUGUUCAUUCAAACACAUAGCAGGUCAUGUGUUGAUACCACAAAUUACUGUUCUCCUGUGUGUUUGUACCACAGGUCGCGGUCUAUUAGUGGAGCCUCCUCUGGUCUCUCCACCAGCCCGCUCAGCAGCCCACGGGUUACCCCUCACCCUUCCCCUCGAGGCAGCCCCCUCCCCACCCCAAAGGGCACCCCAGUGCACACUCCCAAGGACAGCCCAGCUGGGACACCUACUCCAACACCGCCCCCAAGCCCCUCUAUUGGAGGCAUGCCUUGGAGGACGCGCCUCAACUCCAUCAAGAACAGCUUCCUGGGCUCACCACGUUUCCAUCGCAGGAAACUCCAAGUUCCCACACAAGAGGAGAUGUCCAGCCUCACACCAGAGUCUUCCCCAGAACUUGCCAAAAAAUCCUGGUUUGGUAACUUCAUCAACCUGGAAAAAGAGGAGCAGAUCUUCAUCGUCAUCAAAGACAAACCUCUCAGCUCAAUCAAGGCAGACAUCGUUCAAGCCUUUCUCUCGAUUCCCAGCCUGAGCCACAGUGUCAUCUCUCAGACCUCUUUUCGAGCAGAGUACAAGUCAACAGCCGGCCCCACAGUCUUCCAGAAGCCGGUGAAAUUUCAGGUGGAUAUCACCUACACAGAGAGCACAGCUGCCACUAAGGAGAAUGGCAUCUACUCUGUAACCUUCACCCUGCUCUCAGGACCCAGCCGACGCUUUAAACGAGUAGUGGAGACGAUUCAGAGCCAGUUGUUAAGCACACACGAUCAGCCUGGGGUCCAACAGCUUUCCGGAAUUAUCCAGAAAACCUAUUAAAGUCCAUCCUCCUGCUCCCUGCUCCAUUCGCCCUCCCUCGACCACCCCUCCACACCCCUCCAGCGUGCCAAGAGAGACGGACAAUUGUUGACGGAGGACUCUUCUUAUAGCGGUGUGCUGGGGGAGGGGUUACCAUGGAAACAGACCCUUCAUGCAGACUUCUACCUUCAUCUUCCUCUGCACCCCGACUCCACCCCUGGCAGCCAUCAGUAGAAGUAGACACAAAAAAAAAAAAUCCCGUAGUGUUCUCGUUCUUAGAAACACACAAGCACACACGUCCCAAUAAAAACGAGACCGCUCGCCUCCCCUCACCAGCUAUCCCCGUUCUCUGACCUCAAGGAGCAUUUGCUAAUUGGAAAACGAGCAUUAUUCAAAAACACUACAGACGCCACAUACACGCGCAUACACGCACAGAUCCAGUAUGCACAAAAACUCUGGGAUGUAUCAACAAUGAUGAACAACAUUUAAAAAAAAGAAGACAACAUGCAGAAACACGAGGAGGAGAGAAGGGAGAGGAGUUUUGUGGAAAGCCCAAACAGCCGACACGGAUGCUUGCUGGAUUGUAUUUGUUUGCUUUUUAUUAUAAUGUACUUUCUUUGUGAAGAACUGGGUUUGAAAUACUAACUGACUUUAUUAGACUUAAUACUAUUGCUGCAAAACAGACUGGAAUUGUGUUUUCAGAGAGGAGUUGGGUGCGAGCAGAACAGGGCAGCGGGAGAUAUUGAAUGAUAGUAUAGGGUUGGGGGAGGGAAGUGGGUGGAUAUUCGGGUAUUUAAAAUGAAUGAUCUAUUCUGUUGUACAGACUGAUAUCAUUUCUUAUGUAAAAAAGAAAAAGAAAUGUCUAGUUGUGACACUGUUUAGAUACCAUAGGAACAGGUUGGUAAACCUGAGCCUGCCACUUACUGUCAUUUUAAAUUCUGUGUAUUUUUGUUACACGAUCAUGUACGUCUUUGUUUGAUUGACCCAAUAACGAUCCAAACAUUCCUGUUUCCUAUUAUCUGCAGCGUUUUUUCCUUUGGUUUUCAUUUAUACCUCUCUCUAGUCUCACUUACCAGCAGUAGGAGUAGAGAAACAAACGAUAAAAAAAAAAUGACGUGAUAAAUGCAACUGUGGAUAUUUUUGUAUUGUUGUCCUUAUUUAUUCAUGUUUGUUCAUCUCACUGUUUGAUUUCCUAAUUUAUUAUAUCUUGGCUAUUUAUAUGAACAAAGCUGUUAGGUCAGUUGAAUGUUAUUUAUUACCCUCUUGUGUGUUCGUAAAUGGGACAUUUAAAGAAAAGAGAAAAAAAA